AUGUAUUUAGGAGGAAAAACUUCGGAAUGCACAAAAGUGGAUCGCAAUACACCUGCUUUAUGUGCGUUGUGUUUAGGACCCCACCCAGCAAAUUAUAAAGGCUGUGAGGUUUACAAGGAAAUACUAUCAAGGAAAACCACGCAACACUUACCACGUAAACAUAAGCAAUUUGAGUAUAAACCUCAAAAAGAUAAGGAAGAAACUGAUAAUAAAACCUCUGCGUAUCAGAAUAAAGAGGAAAAUGAACCGCUGCAGGAACAUCAAUGGCUUGGUACCCAACAUCGAUGA